UGUAACAACCUUGUAUAGGAUAUAUUAUAGGCAUUUCCUCAUUCACUUGUAAGCUUCUCAUUUCGCAUCGCUAAUCGAAGUAGGUGAAAUAGAAUUCAUACUAUUGGGAAUCUCCAGAUCUUGAUUCAUUUUAGAAUGAUGGCACUACACACAAAAUUUACAUUUGAAGAAGGAUGGUCCUUCGUACAAAAAGAUGUUAUCAAGCUGAUAAAAAUUCUAGAAGAAGAGUCUGAACCACGAUUUGACGCUCUGCAAAUUUUCUACUUUUACACAAAUGCCUACAAAAUGUGCACCCAUAAACCCGCUUAUGAAGCAGAGCUUUAUGAGAAGUAUUGCGAAGUGAUUGAAGAUUAUGCUAUACAAACUGUGUUGCCAUCCUUAAGGGAGAAGCAUGGUGAAGAUAUGCUAAGAGAACUUGUUAGGAGGUGGAAGAACCAUAAAAUUCUGCUCCACGGGUUAACCUGGGUCUUUGGUUAUCUUGACAGAUACUUUAUUCCUCGGAGACGCAUUCCAUCACUGAGUGAAGUUGGCUUGACGUGUUUUCACGACCUGGUUUAUCGUGAGAUGCAGUCCACGGCCACAGAAGUUGUACUAGCACUUAUUCAUAAAGAACGUGAGGGAGAACAGAUUGAUAAGGAACAAGUGAAAAACGUAUUAGAAGUCUAUGCGAAGAAUGGGAUGGGAACUAUAGAAAGAUAUGAAGAGGAUUUUGAAAGAUUCAUGCUUCAAGAUACUGUAUCUUACUAUUCUCGCAAGGCAUCAAUGUGGAUGAAGGAGUGUUCUAGCUCUGAUUAUUUGCUAAAGUGUGACUUGUGUCUAAAAAGGGAGAAGGAGAGAGUCACUCACUACCUUUAUUCAAGCACUGAGCCCAAACUAGUUGAGGCAUUGCAGGAGGCCUUUAAGAUCUUUUAUGUCUAACAAAAAAGUGGCAACAGUUUGCGUUAAUAUCGUGAGUGAAGAAGAAAACUGUGGAUGAUCAUAUGCUUUGGAUUUCGUAAUAAUAAAAUAGAAAACUUAUGACUGAUUGGGUGAGAUUAAUAAGGUAAACUAUGAUAGUACUUUUUCAGUUUCUCUCCUUCUCUGAUAGUUCAUCAUACUAUACAACACCAGAAUAAUGGCAAAUA